UGUAUCAGAUGAUGGAGACACUUGAUCUGCUUGAGAUACCUCAGACGACCAAAAUUCCCGCCAUGGACAAUGAACAAGAAAAGACAUCUUCCAUAGAUAAAAUCCUCCAGAAGUUUUCAAACCUUGACACAGACAUUGUUAAUAGAGUUCAAGAUGUUUUGAGUUCGAAAUCAUCGGUUGUAAAUGAAAUACGAAAAGAAUGUGAUAGGUUAGCUGAGGCUAACCACAAUGAAAACUUAUUUGAAAGUGUUAAGAACUUGCUUAUUGCAAGUAAUAGUGAGGAGGAAAUUCAGUCUUCUUUAUUCGAUAUCUUAGGGUUCGAAGAGAUCGAUUUGAUCUCGAAGAUUGUUCAAAACAAAGAUGUUAUCAUAGAAGCUACUGAUGAAGAAACUGACGACUCGACGAGUGGAAAGUUUAUGACACCUGAAGAAAGAAUCCAGUUUUUGGUUGAAAAUCAGGAGCGUCUAAAGCACCAGAAACUAGCACCACGACAGUCUGGUAACCAGUAUCCUCAUGUAUUCAAGAAAGAAGAUGUCAGUCAGUUUUUGGCAGUCUUAGGAAAAAAUGUUGCAUUACCUACUGGUUCACUCAGAACUUCCCAUCCAGCAUACGAGGAGUUGGUGAUACCGUACCCUGAACAACAUGCAAACAAAUGGAUUUCAGACUCACAACUCGUCCAAAUUAAGGACUUGGACUUUCUUUGUAGAGGAACGUUUUCACACUACGAUACUUUGAAUAAAAUGCAAAGUCUUGUGUAUCCAGUUGCUUAUAAUACAAAUGAGAAUAUGUUGGUUUGUGCUCCAACCGGGGCGGGUAAAACGGAUGUUGCUAUGCUUGCUAUUCUUCACGCAAUUGAUCAGUAUACAAGCGAAACCGUUGAUGAGGAAGGAAACAUAUCUGUUGAUAUUGACUAUCAAGAGUUUAAAAUUGUGUAUGUAGCUCCUUUGAAGGCUCUUGCAGCCGAAAUUGUUGAAAAAUAUUCUGAGAAGUUGAAAUGGUUAGGAAUAACUGUACGAGAACUUACUGGUGAUAUGCAAUUAACCAGGUUAGAGAUGAUGACUACUCAAAUCAUUGUCACCACUCCAGAAAAGUGGGAUGUGGUUACCAGAAAACUGGGAGGAGAUAACGAACUUGUGACCAAAGUCAGACUAUUGAUUAUUGACGAAGUCCAUCUUUUGCAUGAAGAUAGAGGGUCAGUUAUAGAGACCUUGGUAGCCAGAACCUUGAGACAGGUGGAAAGCACCCAAUUAAUGAUUAGAAUUGUGGGUCUUUCUGCUACAUUACCCAACUAUGUCGAUGUGGCCGAUUUUUUGGGAGUGAAUAGGAAUAUCGGAAUGUUCUAUUUCGAUCAAACUUUCAGACCGGUUCCACUUAAACAGGAUUUAAUUGGAGUUAGAGGAAAGGCUGGAUCCAAAACUGCUAGAGAUAAUUUGGAUAUAGUAUCGUAUGAAAAAUUGGCGGAGUGUGUUAAACAGGGUUUACAAGCCAUGGUGUUUGUUCAUCAGAGAAGAGAGACUGUAAAUUCUGCCAAUGGGUUUAUUUCCAAUGCUUAUAACUAUCAUGAAUCGGCUAUCUUUGACUGUUCUGACAGUCCCAGCUAUGAAAAGUUCAAAAGAGAAGUUGGCAAUAAGAACAGGAGCAAGGACGUAAAGGACUUGUUUCAACAUGGCUUUGGUGUUCAUCACGCUGGUAUGUUGAGAUCUGAUCGUAACCUCACGGAGAAAAUGUUUGCAAGUGGAGCCAUCAAGGUUUUAUGUUGUACUUCUACAUUAGCCUGGGGUGUUAAUCUUCCUGCCGCAGUGGUCAUCAUUAAAGGUACCCAAGUUUAUGAUGCCAAACAAGGUGGGUACACAGACUUGGGAAUUUCUGAUGUUCUUCAAAUCUUUGGUCGUGCUGGUAGACCUCAAUAUGAACUGUUUGGUACGGGGGUAUUAUGUACCACUAGUGAUAAGCUUGACCAUUAUAUUUCAUUGAUUUCCCAACAACAUCCUAUUGAGUCUAAAUUAAGUGCAAAGUUGGUUGAUAAUUUAAAUGCUGAAAUUUCCCUCGGGACCGUCACCAAUAUAGAAGAGGGUAUACAGUGGUUGGGUUAUACUUAUAUGAUGGUUAGAAUGAGAAAGAACCCUUUUGCAUACAGUAUUGACUGGAAAGAACUUCAGGAAGAUCCUUUGCUCUAUAAUAGAAGACGUAAAAUGAUUGUUAGUGCUGCUACAAGGUUACACGGACUUCAAAUGAUCAUAUUUGGGGAUGUUUCAGGUUCUUUCAUCCCGAAGGACCUUGGAAGAAUAGCCUCUGACUUUUACUUGUUGAAUAACUCUAUCGAGGUGUUCAAUCAAAUGCUUAACCCUAGAGCUACUGAAGCAGAUGUUUUGUCGAUUAUCAGUAUGAGCAGUGAAUUCGACAGUGUCAAAUACCGAGAAGAUGAAAAGAAAGAAUUAGAAAGAUUGAAGGAAGACGCAGUACAGUGUCAGAUCCCUGGCGAAGUUGAAGCUUCACAAACCAAAACGAACAUUUUACUUCAAGCAUUCAUUUCCAAAACUAUGAUAAAAGAAUCUUCCUUGAUUGCAGAUACAAACUAUGUGGCCCAGAAUGCUGCUAGGAUUUGCAGAGCUUUGUUCUUGAUAGGGAUAAAUCGUAGAUGGUCUGGAUUUCUGAAGGUUCUUCUUUCCCUUUGCAAAUCCAUUGAUAAAAGAAUCUGGGAAUAUGAUCACCCAAUGGCACAGUUUGAAUUACCUGAAUCUGUUCUAAAAAACUUGAGAGCAAUUAAUCCAUCUAUUGAAACGUUGAGAGAUAUGGAUCUGGCUGAAUUGGGAGAUUUGGUACACAAUAAUAAAAUGGGUUCAACCUUGUACAAGCUUGUUGAUCGGUUUCCUUACAUUGAUAUUGAUACUGAGAUCUUUCCAAUUUCAAGCAAUGUCAUGAGAGUUCAUGUGUUUUUGGAUGCCGACUUUAGAUGGGAUCCAAAUCAUCAUGGAAGUGCUCAGUAUUUCUGGGUGUUUGUGGAAGAGUCCACAAAUUCAGAUCUUUUACAUGUGGAGAGAUUGAUCAUCAACAAGAAGCAACUUCACGGUCAUGAGAUGGACUUCAUGAUUCCUUUGAGUGAUCCCUUGCCAGCACAAAUCAUCGUUCGAGUAAUUUCUGAUACCUGGUUAGGAUCGGAAACCGUUCAUGCAAUUUCUUUCCAACAUCUCAUUAGACCUAACAAUGAAACGGUCAGAACCAAUUUGUUAAGAUUGCAACCUUUGCCAAUAACUGCAUUGCACGAUAAGAAGGUAGAAGCCAUAUAUGAACACAAGUUCAAAUAUUUCAAUCCUAUGCAAACCAUGACCUUUUUCAGUCUUUACAACACCAAUACCAACGUGUUUGUCGGUUCACCAACGGGUUCUGGUAAAACUGUUGUGGCAGAAUUAGCCAUAUGGCAUGCAUUUAGAGACUUUCCUGGUUCCAAAAUUGUGUAUAUUGCCCCGAUGAAGGCGUUGGUUAGAGAAAGAGUUGAUGACUGGAGAGCCCGUAUUUCCAAAAACAGUUCCCAUAAGGUGGUUGAACUCACUGGUGAUUCUUUGCCAGAAGCUAGGGAAAUUCGGGAAUCAGACAUAAUCAUCACCACUCCAGAAAAGUUUGAUGGUAUUUCUCGGAAUUGGCAAACCAGAACCUUCGUUCAAAAUGUAUCGUUGGUUAUCAUGGAUGAAAUCCAUUUGUUGGCAAGUGAUCGAGGACCAAUUUUGGAAAUGAUUGUGAGUCGUAUGAACUAUAUUGCUUCGCAAACCAAGAAUCCUAUCAGGUUGCUAGGAAUGUCCACCGCCGUGUCAAAUGCAAUUGAUAUGGCUGGUUGGUUGGGAGUUCGAGAAGGGUUGUUCAACUUCCCUUCUUCUGUCCGUCCUGUUCCUUUGCAAAUGUACAUUGAUGGAUUCCCCGACAAUUUGGCAUUUUCUCCAUUGAUGAAAACGAUGAACAAACCAGCUUUCAUGGCUAUAAAACAACAUUCACCCACAAAACCAGUGUUGAUUUUUGUUGCAUCUCGUAGACAAACUCGUCUUACGGCUUUAGACUUGAUUCAUUUAUGUGGUAUGGAAGAUAAUCCUAGAAGAUUCUUGAAAAUGACUGAAGAUGAACUUCAAGACGUAUUAGAAAACGUUAAAGAUGAUACACUCAAAUUGUCACUUCAAUUUGGUAUGGGAUUGCAUCAUGCUGGUUUGGUUGAGUCUGAUCGUAGGAUAUCUCAUAAGCUAUUUGAAUCGGGAAAACUUCAGAUUUUAAUUGCCACAUCCACUUUGGCUUGGGGAGUUAAUUUACCAGCCCAUUUGGUUAUCAUCAAAGGUACACAAUUCUUCGAUUCAAAAAUCGAAGGGUACAGAGACAUGGACUUAACCGAUAUCCUCCAAAUGAUGGGACGUGCAGGCCGUCCGGCUUUUGAUACAAGUGGUACUGCUAUAGUGUACACCAAGGAAUCCAAAAAGAUGUUCUACAAGCAUUUCCUCAAUAUUGGUUUUCCUGUUGAAUCAUCUCUACAUAAGGUUUUGGAUAACCAUAUAGGAGCAGAGAUUUCUACUGGUACCAUCAAAACAAGACAAGAAGCGAUGAACUUUUUGACUUGGACAUUCUUAUAUAGGAGAGCCCAUAACAAUCCAACCUACUAUGGAAUUGAGGACUCUUCCACUGCUGGAAUUUCUUCAUUUUUGGGCUCUCUAAUCGAUCAAACCAUCGACAACUUGAUGGAAUCCAAAUGUGUUAUUGCAAAAGGAAAAGAUGGGCUUGCUGCAACCCCAUUCUUGGAUAUUUCUUCUUAUUACUAUCUUUCCCAUAAGACAAUUCGUAAGAUAGUGUAUGGCAUCAAUAAUGCCUUUGAAAUCAGAGAUUGUUUGAAGAUGCUUGCAUCUGCAGUUGAGUAUGACGAACUCGCCACUAGACAUGGAGAAGAAUUGAUGAACAUGGAAAUGUCCCAAACAAUGAGAUAUCCUGCUGAAGAUAUGGAAUGUGACUUUAUUUGGGAUCCUCACGUAAAGGCGUACUUGUUACUUCAAGCAUUCAUGAGUAGGGCUAAUCUUCCUAUUGCAGACUAUUCACAAGACACAAUUGCCGUAUUAGAUCAGUCGUUGCGUAUUCUUCAAGCAUUUAUCGAUGUGGCUUCCGAGUUUGGUUAUUUGCACACCGUUUGCAAGUUUAUUCAAUUGAUGCAAAGUAUCAAACAAAGAGUAUGGUAUGACAAUCAUCCUGUUUCUUCCCUUCCUGGUUGCAGAAUAAUUGAUGGGGAUACUUCCAAGAUCCCCAACUUGGAGGCUUUAGGAACUAUGGGUAAAGCAGCUCUUGCAAAAGUAGGAGCUUCUCUUUCUAUUGAAAAUACUCCAAUUGAAGACGUGAGAAAGUAUGGUGCUUCUAACAAGGCUUUGGACCAGUUUAUCCAUGUUGCCAGUCACCUUCCUGUGUGUGAUUUCUCAGUAAACCAAAAGAAUUCUGAACAAGUGGAAGUAGUUCUUGAUCACAAAAACUAUCCCUUAGACUCUAAGUUUGUUACUUACUGCCCACACUUCCCCAAAUCUCAGAGAGAAUCAUGGUUUAUAAUUCUCUGUAAUUCUGAAAAGACUGAGCUAUUAAUGAUCAACCGUGCUUCUCCAAGGAUGGUUGGCAGAAAGGGAAAAGUUUCAUGUACCAUUGAAGUACCUGAAGAUGUACAAGGAAAAGAAGUGAUCAUUCUUUGCGUCAAUGAUGGCCUUGACCUUCAAUAUGAAAAAAAGUUAACUUUGAUGGCCUAAUAUCAAUUGAAUCUACAACGUCAUACCAAAAAUGCAAUAUUUAAUUAAUAUACAAGUAGGCUGUAUGAAUAGUUAGUCACUUCCAUCCUCAAAAAAUUCAUCCACUUCAGAACCUUGGCUCUUCUUCUGAGGAGCAUCAAUUUCUUGCUUGUCUGUGACAGCAGUCCCUUGAUCUGCUUCGAAUUUCUUCCCCUUCAACACAUCCUCCAAACUAAAGGGUAACUUUUCUUCCUUCAUCAACUUUUCAAUAUGCUUUCUAAAUUCUAUUCUUCUUUGAUCUGCUCUUUUCAUACCCUCUAAGGCCUUUGGAGGAAGAGAAGAUUCGUCCUCAUUUUUGGAAUUUGGAUAUAGAGAGAUAUACUUCUCCAUCUUAGGGAAUAAAACUGUGUAUACCAAAUCAAUUUCUUUAUGUUUAAGAAAGACCCGAGCCUUUUUAGCAGCCUUUCUAUCGUUAGACUCUUCUGCUGCCGAUAAUGCAAUUCUUGCUUGUUUUACCAACCUAGUGGCCUUCUUCCUCUCGAAGAAUCUCACCAUAUGGUAUUUCUUUGCGUUUUUCUUUUCGUUAGACUUUUGGACCACAUUAUUCAAUUGCACUUCCAAAGCUUUUAAAGUUCUUUCGUUAUUCACUCGCACAUCAGCUGGUAAAGUAGGCCUUUGUAACAACCUAUGAAUGUCUCUUAUUUUCUUCUUGAUUUUACCACUGCCAGAUGCCAAUACUUUUGAAACAUCGGAGCCGGGAUUUCUAUCUCCCUUCUUAUUAAUAAAGCCUUUGGAUGGCAUUGUUCUUAAAGAUUGUGAAUUUA